AUGAUCCCCACGCCGGACCUCUCGCAUCUCAAGAAAAACGACUAUGAACACGUCUAUGAACCUGCUGAGGAUACAUUUAUUCUACUUGAUGCACUCGAAGAGGAUGCCGAGGCUUUGCGCGCUCUAAAACCCAGCGUCUGCCUUGAGGUCGGCUCUGGUUCGGGCUGCGUCUCCGCCUUCCUAGGCUCGAUCCUUGGCUCAUCAACUACUCUCUACCUCUGCACGGACAUUAACCCUCACGCAGCACGCUGCACAUACCGAACAGGCGUACAGAAUAAGGUGCCGCUAGAACCAUUAUUGGCCUCGCUCGCGGGACCUCUACGCCAACGUCUCGAGCGGCGCGUGGACGUGCUCUUGUUCAAUCCGCCCUACGUCCCGACAUAUGACGAAGAAAUGUCAGGCGCACAAGAUGGCGGGGAUAUAGCUGGUGCAUGGGCCGGAGGUGCAGACGGGAUGCGCGUCACAGACGUGCUUCUCAACCAGAUAGACUCUCUACUGUCGCCAGACGGCCGUUUCUAUCUAGUUGCAGUCAAGGAGAACGAUGUGCCCGGUAUACAGCAACGAAUACGAGAGCAGUAUAGUCUAUACAGCGAUGUCGUGCUGCACCGCCGAGCCGGGCGCGAACAUCUGUACGUCGUGCGAUUCACCCGUAAACCUGUAUAG